AUGUCUGGUCAGAAAGGAGGUGUCCAAACUAAACUUAAGCAAAUUUAUCCAUACGCUAUAUACAUUCAUUGUAUGGCACACAAAUUAAAUAUAGUGAUUGUGGACACAUGCAAAUAUUUGAAGUAUCUUAGAAAAUUAUUUAAUGGACUAGAAGCGAUAUACGUACAUUUCUCAUAUCCUUCAAAACAGUCUUUAAAAGAGGAAAUUGAUGCUCAAAAAAAUAAAGAUGUCGCUGAAGCGAUUGGUAUUGAUUUAUGUACAUUUAUAUGUAGAUUCAUAUAA